CUUCGAUCUUUUGUAUAAAUACGAGUCUGGUUAUUCGGUUCAUGUUAGUGUAAUUCUAGAUUAUAUGCUGACUUGCCAAAAAAUUUAAAAAUGUUUAAAAUUUUCGUAGUGCUGUCUUUACUUGCGUCAAUCAGUUGCAUACCAUCCCACCACCAUGGUGUCGAAAAGGUAGAUGUUGCUGUCGAAACCGAACCAGAACCAAUAGUUAAUCCAGUCCCCAUCGAACAAGCGCUUAAGUCAAGUGUAACUGACACCAAGGAAGAAGAACCUGCUAAUGUAGCUCCGUUGAAGACCGCUGAACCAACCGAUGUCGCAGUCAAUCCAUCUGAUGCAGCAGAAAAUUCUGAAAAUAGCUCAAACGAUGAAAGCAAUGACAAAACUAAAACUGUUCUUCUGCUAUUGCUCAAAUUUACAACAACAACAACGACAACCACAACAACGACAACAACUACUACAACGACAACAACAACCACUACUACAACCACCACUACGACGGCGGCACCUGCUGCAUAAGAUGAGAUAGAUU